AUGGUUGUCGGAAUUGGUUUGCUGGUCAACGCGGUCCUGGUGGCCAUCCCCAUCGGGGGCAGCGUUGGAGCCCUGAUGGGCAUUGAUGCCCAUCGUUCGGCUACCGGACAGAAGCCUCUCUUCACGGGAGACACCGACGACGGCAGUGGUGGUUCUGGCGCUGGCACUGGCGGCGGCACUGGCUCAACUCCCCACGACAAUGGCAUGACCAUUCACAGUCAAUGUGACCUUUCUUACGGAAUUAUUCCACCCUCCAAGACUGAGCAAUACACCCUGAACCCCAACCAGUGGGGUGUAACCGAUUCAACCAAGGGCGACCUGUGUAUGGAUGUCCUUUACUGGCACAACGAAACAUACCCGACCAACACUGCGCCCGAGUUCUCGGUCACCUGGCAAUUCAAUCCAGGUCCCGAGAAGGCACCUGUGCACGCCUAUUCCAAUAUUCGGGUGGAUGACGUCUUGCCAAAGAAGAUGAGCGAUGUAUCGGAACUCAAUGUGGAUGUCCACUGGACAUAUGGAGUGGGAAAGAACAAGACCGCUGAAACCACCGACGUUUCUGCGCUGACCGACCUGAGCCUCGCUACCAACGUCGCCAUUGAUAUGUUCUUGGAUUCAGAUAAGGAUAAGGCGGUCAAUGGAUCGAACGCCAAGUUCGAAGUCAUGGUGUGGUUCUGGAUGUCCUCCGUGACUGCUCAGCCCCACGGUUGGGGCAAGCCCGGAAUGAACAAGACCAUCGACGGGACUCAAUUCACGCUCUUCCAGGACAAGAAUGACGAGGGAACGAUGGUGUUGUCAUGGCUCGCCAACCCGUAUAUCACAGACCCCACCGAAACGUUCACUGGUGACAUCUAUCCCCUGAUCAGCGCUCUUUACAACAUGGAGGGUGAAGACUACCCCUCCAGUGACGACUAUCUCGGCAGUCUGAGUUUCGGAACUGAGGCCUAUAGUGUUGACGAUCAUGUCACCUUCUCGGUUCCCCAGUACAAGAUUGAGGUCAAGACCUGA